GUCAUAAAAUUGUAGUUUCACAGCAUCGUCUUUACGGUCGUGACGAACAUUUGUACAUAUGUGCAUGGACGAUGGUGAACAAGUUACCGUUCCAUUUAUCAAAAGUGGUGCCGGACAUAACAAUUCACAGAAAUAAAUCAAAUAUGUCAAACAUUAUAGCAAUUUUAUUUGUUUCUGUUAUAAUCAAAAGUGAGUGCGCGAAAAUAUUGGCAGUAUUUCCAACUCCGUCUAUCAGCCAUCAAGUAGUGUUUCGUCCACUAGUACAAGAAUUGGCAAGACGUGGACAUGAUGUGACAGUGAUAACAACCGAUCCAGCUUUCCCAAAAGGACAAAGUCCUCAAAACUUAACAGAAAUAGACGUUCACGAUAUAUCUUAUAACAUGUGGACAAAAUUCUUACAAGCGGAUAAAGGAAAAGAAGAAAAUGCUCAAACUCAAAUCAAGUUUAUUUUUGAAUUAUUAGCAGGAGUUUUUGAAGAGCAAAUGAAAACGACUGAUGUCCAGAAACUUAUAAAUGACAAAAAUAAUAAAUUUGAUUUACUUUUUAUAGAAUCUUGCGUCAGACCAGCUAUAGGAUUUUCUUAUUUAUAUAAAGUACCAGUUAUAGAGAUAAGUUCACUUGGUGCUCUUUACGAAACCUUUGAUGAGUCAGGAGCUGCAACCAAUCCGCUCAUAUAUCCUAUAGCAAUCCGACAACGGCUGAAUAAUUUAACAGUGUGGGAUAAAAUUCAAGAGUUAUAUACACAGUUUAGGGGAAAAUAUAUAUUUGCAGAGCUAGUAAGUGUAGAAGAUAAAAUGCUGCAAAAAAUAUUUGGUUCGAACAUUCCCAGUAUUGCAGAAUUAAGAAAAAAUGUACAUAUGUUGUUUUUAAACGUACAUCCGAUUUGGGAUUUCAACCGUCCUGUACCGCCUAAUAUCGUUUAUUUAGGAGGCUUACAUCAAAAUCCUGCUAAAGAAUUACCACAGGACCUCAAAUCUUAUCUCGACUCUUCCAAGAAUGGUGUAAUAUACAUGAGCUUCGGUACAAACGUCAAACCCUCAUUGUUACCGAAAGAGAAGAUGCAAAUAUUUACAAAUGUAUUUUCCGAGUUGCCUUACGAUAUUUUAUGGAAAUGGGACAAAGAUGAACUUCCAGGACGUUCAAGGAACGUCAGAAUAUCUAAAUGGUUCCCACAGUCCGAUUUACUCAAACAUCAUAAAGUUAAGUUAUUCAUAACCCAAGGAGGCUUACAAUCGACAGAUGAAGCUAUAACAGCUGGAGUACCUCUUAUUGGCAUACCAAUGCUUGGAGACCAAUGGUUCAACUCCGAACACUAUGUUAAACAUAAUAUAGGUAUGAAGCUCAGUAUAGAAACACUUACAGAAAAUAAGCUUAAGGAUGCCAUAGAAACUAUAAUUACAAAUAAUAGCUUUCGUCAAAAUGUUGUAAAACUGAGGAAUAUUAUGCGAGAUCAACCACUGUCACCAUUAGAACGCGCUGUGUGGUGGACGGAACACGUCUUAAGACAUAACGGCGCCGCACAUCUACGUUCACCGGCAGCUCACAUGCAUUGGACUGAAUACUAUGCUAUGGAUUUAAUUAUAUUACUCUUAGGUUCUUUUGUGAUUUUAUUGUUGACGUUGGCAUUUUUAAUACGCCUUGUUAUAUUAAAAUUAAAGUACAUAAAGAUUAAAAGGAAAAUGAAUUAAAAUUUGCCACCGAUGUAAUUGACUUUAAUUUUGGCUUAAUAGGAAAUUUUAAUGCACUAUGACAAUGGAUUUAGUAUCCACGAGUUUAUAAGUUUUUUUGCAAUAAAAAUAAUUUUAUUUGUUGAUUGAAUACGAUAAAGUUAAUUAGUUCCCGCUUAUUAAUAAUUAAAUGCCAUUGAAGCGUACGCUUAAGUAAAUGAAACGCAUAAGUAAAAUAGUGUUUUAAUAUAAAUAAAGUUAUAUUCAUUUCAAGAACGGUAUUCUGUAAGAACAAACUCGUCGUCACCGCAGAAAUUGGUCGUGAAGUUGGUCUACAAUAAUUAUAACAUUUCAUGAAUACGAUAUAGUAUAUAACCAUAAGUCGGUUGUCAAUAUUUCACAGGUGAGUCAUGAAGUGAGUUCUUACAGAAUAGUAUUGCUGUUUGCCGUGCAUAUUAUAAAUGAGUUAUCAGCAAAACGCAUGGAAUAUGUAAAUCUAAGGUUUUUUAUCUUUACUUUCUCGUCUAUAAAUAGAUUUAAAUAUAAAUUACAUAAUAACAGUUACUCAAAUUCGAAUUCGAUCGAAAUUUAAAUGAAAUCAUAUUUUCUAUUGUAUUUAUCUUACAUGUUAUAAAAGUUUAAAAAACAUAUAAAAAAUAUUUAUGAAAUGAAACCAUACCUAUACAUUUAAACGAAUUGUAUAAAAGUGAAUUCUUUGUACGUUUUAUUUUUGUCUUGUCAACAUUAUAUCUAAACGAAAUUUUAGGUGAACAAGUUGACAAACAAAAUUUAGAGGUAUAAAGGAUUUUCAGCUUAAUGCAUAUACAUUUAAAGACAAUUUUCCUUUAAAAUCUUGAUAGUUUAAGGGUUUAGAGUACACUUGCGAAAAUUGACAUAUCGCUACUCUUAAGUUUCCACAAAGAUGUUAGCUGUCUGGUUUGUGUUAAGUUAGCAGUAUGCUUUUGUUACUUGAGUUAUUAAUGUACUAGUUUUGCUGACAUUUAUAUAAAAAUUUUAAAAGUGAAAACACUAGACAUUUUUAAAGUUAGACAACUUUUAUUUACUUAUCUAAGAACACAGUUCACUUGCAACGUGAUUACAAUAACAUUUUAAUAUAACUUGCUUGUACAGUCUGUGUACCACCCACUCACCAUAACUCAAUAGGGGUGAAAGAGGAAAUGUAACUUUGGCAACAUGGAACAUAAAUUGGUAUCUAAGCCUGGGUGUGCAUUAACGAAAUUAUGUUAAUAUUUCUAAUUGUGCUAAUAUCUAUGGGCAGUAGUGACCAAUUACCAUCAAGUGGUCCAUUUGCCAGCCUGCCUACCAAUUUAAUAAAAAAAAAUAUUACAAUCACAUUACUGGUAGGGCUUUGUGCAAGCUCGUCUGGGUAGGUACCAUCCACUCAUCAGAUAUUCUACCGCAAAACAGCAAUACUUGAUAUUGUUGUGUUCCGGUUUGAAGGGUGAGUGGGGCAGUGUAAUUACAGGCACAAGGGACAUAAAAUCUUAGUUCCCAAGGUUGGUGGCGCAUUGGCUAUAAGCGAUGGUUGAUAUUUCUUACAAUGCCAAUGUCUAAGAGUGUUUGGUGACCACUUACCAUCAGAUGGCCCAUAUGCUCGUCCACCUUCCUAUUCUAUAAAAAAAAAAAAAAAAUCACUAAUAGUCGUGUCCGAGAAGCGUGACUAAAAAAGCAAAAAACAGCUUCUAAACUAUAUUUAUUGAAUUUUUAGAUAAUGUCUUUAAAUAAACUGUUGUAUACUUGUACUCCUUC